UUUUAUUGCUUUAAGGUGAUUUACCUUUUGGGAUUCGUAACUAUGUUUUAUGCUCCAGGGUUCUUCGAUGAGGGUGAACUUCCAUCGGGUCCGGUAUCUCCUGGAUCGGAUAACAUGGAUUGCUUCAUGCAGCAGAUGUGCGACGCCCUUCAUGACGGUUCUCUGGGCAUCGAUCUAAACAUUGAUCUUGAGCAGGUGAAUAGUGUUGAGCCCACCGUCCCAUAUUCAGGUAUAUCUACAUCCAAUGAUACCCUCCUCAAGCAUGGGGAAAGAGAAUCUUCUGUUUUUGCUGCAGGUUUCAAGGAACGGGGGUGUGCUCCUGUACCAAGCUUCUCGAAACCCGAUGCUGGCUUAUUAGCUGACAUGCUGGCUGAACAGACUACCAGAGGGACCGUGAAACCAUACUUUGGGAGUGAUUCAUUCAUAGGUAUAUAUCUGAUUUCCUUCAUCUUGCCUGAUCUUUUGUCUGACUAACGAAUGAUUAAUAUU